AUGAGUCGAACUCAAACCCUAUCUAGGAUCGAGUCGCGAAUAAGGCUAAGAGCCGUGUAUUGCAAUCGCAAGGUGGUCCAUGAACUCUACGGCAAAGGGAGCUUUGAAUUGACCAUCCGUACAGCCUGCAUGUUGAAGCAGCAAGUCCAUCUCAUCACCAGAACGGACGACAUCUCCAAGUUGAAGUAUUCCGACUACAAGCCACAUCCAGACUUCCCUUUUGCGCUCAGUUGCAAGGUGCAUUGGUCCAAGAAUAUUUCGGAAGAAGGACAAUGCCCCGACCAAAUCAUUCUUGGGUCGAUGGAUACCGACUUUUGUGCUAUGCUCGGAUUGGUGAAUUACAUGGAGGCGUCCUUCAACUACGGGUAUGGCGCCGCUGGUCGGGAAGAUGCAUUCCUCUUUACUCCCGAAAGCGAUCCCAAGUUGGCUCCCAAGCACUGCAACGCAGCCUACCGCAACAUUCUCAAGGCUGUCUUUUUGUCGGCUCCAUUUCUGGCUGUGGCGCUCCUCAUUGCCGGUGUUCUUGGGAGUCACAGCAUUCGGAAGUUUGCUGCAACUCUGGCAAGAGGAAUGGGUGCUACUGCUGACGAAGUUGACAUUCGAUAUCGCUGGAAGGCUCGCUUGUCUGGACGGGUUGUUGAUGCCUACAUUUCGCCUGAACAGCCCUGGAUCGACGCCCGUGUUGCCGAAAAGCUUUGCAUGGGGGCUCCUAUUGCCUACAAGCUACACCCGGAUGCCAAGAGAGUGACUCCCGACUGGCUGAUUGAGCAUGUGGUGCCAAGGACACAUGCCUUUUACGACGGUGUCAACGACAUUUCCCUUCACUUGGCUCUGCCUCUUUUGUGGGCUGCUCUUGACGAAUCUUGGGAGGAGAGGAUGGAGCCUCCCGUUCGUGUUAGGAUCCAAGAUGCGUACGAGCGCAUCAAGGCCGAUAUUCCUGUUGGUGUCAACCCUGUGGUGAAGGUGCCUCUCUCUAUUUGGACGCACAACACCAAGCUCCACAUCAACGAAAUCGAGCCGAUGGAUACGGGAGGUGGCGGUGGCACGGCUGGUGGCACUACGGGAACGACCGGCCAGGCAAGCACUCGUCAAGUUGCCAAUCAGUCUCGGCAGGUGACGGCUAUGCAAACGCAGAACGAGGAGAUUCUGACAAGGAUUAUUGCGCAGCACAACCAGCUCCAGCAGCUCAUUGCGCAGGAAGGUAGGACCCGCGACAGUUCGGCUGCUGCUUUGAGAGGUUGGUUGGAGACUUGGCUUGGCGCGGAGCUGACGAAACUCAAUGGAAAUAUUUUUUGUAUGCUUUUUAGGAUUGCUGUUCAGACUCCAAGGAUGGCAACACCUGAUCAGGUAGAUGGUAAUCUUUUUAGAAAUGGGUUGACUGUGGAAAGGACUCGCCGGAAUGGCCAGACUAGCCUCAGGUACAGACAAGCUGUGGCCACCACCCCUGCUGAUAGUAGGCCUGCCCAAUACAGAACUGUUGGCUCUGCUUGGCAAGAGUGGAUGCAUGGUAUUGGUGGCAACAAGCCAGCCAAGAACUUCACUGCUGAAGAUAUUAGGGCUUGCAAGUCAACCUACUCCAGGAGGAAGCCACUCUGGACUCUCAUGGCUACACUUGUCAAUGCUCAGAAAGCUCCAGCUUGGGUCAUCUCCAAGAUUGAGGAGCAUUACAAAGGAAGUGUUUUGAAUAUUACUGCUGCCAUCAAGCAGGACACCAUUAUGGGCAGUCUGCAUGAGGAUCUUUGUGUUGUUCGUGCUCAGUAA